AAAACUACACAACAAAAAAAAAAAAAAAAACAGCCAGAUUAAAAAAGUUCUCUGUAUCGCCAAGUAGUGUGUGAAUACGUCGGAAAUUGGAAAAAAACGAGCGCAAUCAAAUUUUCGCGACAAUCGUUUCAAAAAUAUCUGGAAAAAAUCUACCUUAAAACUCAAUCAAAACAUUCAAAAUGUUCCAAUUGUGAAUUUGUCCAAAAAUAUUUCAAUCAAAAUUUAUCUCCAUCCAGCAUUUUUACAAGUGAAACUUUUUUCUUUUUUUUUUGCACUUUUUUCCAUUUUCUUUUUGGUCAAUUUGGUUUUUUUUCUCCAUCGUUUUUUUGUGUGAGGUGUUUACUCGAGAAAAAAAAGCAGAGAAAAAGAUAUGAUACAAGUUUAUAUUUGAUGACCUAAAAAUGCAUUCUGUCUCCUUUUAACAUGCACUUGUUUACUUGGUAACACCGCAAUGUAUGCACCGAUCAAGUAUAUUGCUGACUCUUUUAUACAGAUAAAUUGUUGCUAAUUCUCUUUUUCGUGCUGCUGUCUUGUCUAGUGGUGUGGUGAAAGAUUUGAAAGAAUUCAAGUUGAAGUGUUUUUUUUUUUUGUCUUUCUUGUGUUUGUGUAGUUAAAAAGUUGGGGGAGAGAAGGAGAAAGAAUAUAAAAAUUCUCUCGCGACGACUCCAUUUUCAUAUCGUUCGUUGGAAUUUUUGUGUUUCGAUAUUUCUUUUUAAUUGUAUGUGAGAAACUCGACUCGCGCCGCACAAGAGUGAGAAGAAAUUCACCACAUUUCUGGUGUUGUUGAAUUGUGUGUAGUUGUAGUUUCGUUAAAAAAAAUCAAAAAUUUUAUAUACACCUUAUUUCUUGUCGUUCGCAAACGGAGUUUCGCCUUCGCCUCAUAAAAAAAAGGAAAUAACACCAUCGCAUUGCGUUGAAAAAUUAAAAUUUUUCUUAUCUGUUUUUGCGUACGGUGGAAAGAAAAUUCAUAAAAAGUGCAUUAACUUUUGUGUAAAAUGUUGAUAACACAAGUGGCUAAAAGAAUAAUGACCUAAAAAAGAAUAAAAGAAACAUUGAAUAGUGUUGUUACAUCCUUAAUAUUCAUUUCUCUUUAUCGACAAACGACACAAUCAAAAACGGAGGUAGUGUUGUGUUUACAAUAUUAUUUAUGACAUUUUGAGAAAGAGACAGCACUUGCUGAAUUUCAUCGAAAUUAUUUCUCUAACUUUUUUUUUUGAUUGUUUUUAUUUUUCUUGUAACUGUAAAAAACCAGUUAAACAAAUGUAGAACCUGCAAAGACUUCUCAAAUAACAUUCAGUUAAAACACAACCAAAAACACAGAAUGGAUUUUUCUGAAGAUAAAACUGAAGCAGCCUCUAUGCAAACAGACGCUGAAAAUGAACCCAAACGAUCAAACUCUGAAUCUGGUGAAGAACUUAAUAACAUUGCAAGUGUAUCACCAAAAGAUGCAUUUGAUAAAAAAAGAGAAACUCGUUCCAAAUAUGUAGAUUCCGAAGCAAAAGAGUCGUCAGCUUCAAAUUUUAGCAACAAUUUUGAAAUAACCAAUCAAAUGAAAGAAGAUAAAGGCAUUUGUAGGCCGCAAGGAGGAAACACAAAGCAAUCACAGGGUCCAGAAACGAUUGAUAAUGUUUCACAAGAGUCUUCAGUACCAGACAAUAUUCUGUCACCUCCAAAGUCAGAAACUCAAACAGAUGAAACAAAUACUGCAACAUCAUCGCCAGCUUCAGAAUCACAACUUUCACCAACUGUUGGCCGAGAUGGUUCAACUGUUGGUGGUGGUGGUGGUUUGGCUGUAGGAACAACUACAGCGGCAGCCACAUCAGCACAAUCUGGGGAAUCAUCAGCGGUCUCACCAGCGUCAGGUAGUGGCGAUCAAUCACCGAGAGUCGUCCAACCAAUCAAUAUCAUCGCCAACGGAACAAUUCCCAAAUCUGGGAAACCACUCAUGUUGCCGAUGAACAAGAAAAUAAGCAAACCAAAGUCCAGUAAACAAAAGAAGUCAAAAGCCUUGGUUGCGAUAUAUGAGAGUGAGAUUAGUGACAAUAAAAUUGGCAUUAAACUCUGUAUCAAAAAAUCAGACAGCGGCAACACACCAACAAAAACUAAACCGAAUAGGAAAAGAUCGCGCAAAUCGAAAACACGUGUCGAUAGUGAUGAUUCUGAGUACGAAACAAAACGUCGACGAGAAAGACCAACAAAUAACAAUUCUGAUCGACCUAAACGGGGUGAUGCAACAAAUUUUAAGGAACCCGUCGAGCAAAGUGCCUGGGGAUCAACAAUUCCCGAAAAUGUGCUCUUAAAAAUUUUUCAAAAUGUUGUUGAAAAAGAAGGACCUCUGCCGACGCUAUUUAGAUUAGGACGAGUUUGUGCUCUAUGGCGCAAUGUUUCAUUGACUUCGUCCCUAUGGCGCUCGAUGGACCUUAGCACCUGGGUUAAGGAAAAAUAUCGCACAGAAUUAAAGCUCAAGUGGUUUAUUGAAAAUAGAGGAAGAGGAUGCACCGAUUUGAAUGUUUCCAACUGGAAAGUAACGGAUAUAUCAUGCAUCCUUGCCAAACUAUCGGAAAGCUGUCCCAAUCUAACUGGUAUUACAUUAAACGGCUGGAAAGGCUUCACAUCGGAUCAUCUAACAUUUCUUGUUGACAACAUACCAAAACUUGAGCGUUUAGACUUGAGUUCGAUAAACGUCGAAAUGAAUGCAAGCAAAAGUGCUGUUGGCCUGCAAUCCUUGUGCAAUUCCUUACAAACAAUCAAUGGUCGCCUAACCCAUUUGCAUUUGGCUCACAACAGACUUGCUGGAAUACCACAAAUUUUAACAAUAUUAGCAUCACAUUGUCCCAAUUUGGUUCUUCUUGAUCUCUCAAAUGUUCGUACGGCAGCCAUUUCGCAUGGAAUUUUGCACGUAGAAAAACUUCAACAUGGUUGUCAGAAAUUAAAAGUGCUACGUGUUACCAAUUCUCAUGUAACUCUCAGUCAGGCUUCAAUUCAGGAAGCGAUGGACUCUCCUGGUUUCCCCGAUCUUGAGGAACUCUCUGUGGCAGCCCUAACAGACGAAUCUCGACUCAUAAGCGACGAACAUCUGCAAAGGAUUUUAAAGAGCAGUUCCAAACUGAAGUUAUUAGAUGUAAGAGGAUGUACGCGUUUAACGCACGAAAGUCUUAUUCGUUUACCAGCCUGGGAUAUAAAACAUUUAUUUUUAUCUGGAUGUUCUGUUACGAGAGAUGUUGGAUCCGGUUUGGAGUUGAUAGCUUCUAAGUGGGCGCAUAGUUUAGUUGAAAUAGAUUUGGCCUGGGCAAAUGUGCAACAACCUCUUGAUAAUGCUCUAAGAGCGCUGGCGGAAAAGGGAAGCGAAUCUCCAUUGAGUCAUCUCAACCUUUGUGGAUCAUCGGUUUCUGAAGAUGCUGUUAAGGAAAUUUUAGCGAAUUGCCCGAACAUGAACUCGAUAAAUUUGUCUUCAUGUCGUGGCUUACCGCGCGGUGUAAAACGCCUAAUGCAUGGACCAACAGAAAUACAAGAACUGAGAGAAGUUCUUAAAGUCCAGAUGAAAGUUAAACUACCCGCAGAAUUGAGUCAACGACAAGUCAAAACUGAUGAUCCUGUUGCAAAUUGAUGUCACACCACCACACGAACCAAUAGAGAAGUAUCAAUUUAAGAACAGGAAGUCAUUUUAGAAAUAGAUAUAAAUUUUAGUUUUUAGUCAAGACAAAAACAAAAAAAAAAAAAAAAAAGAGAAGAAAAACACAAAAUAAGAAACAACUUCACACAAUUUACACUCUAAAAAAAAACUCACACACACAACAAACAUCAGCAGCACUCAGGAUAGAAAUGUUGCUUUUUUUAUUAGUAACAAAUUUCAUGCUUUUUAAGGAUUUUAACCAAAAAUAAUACGACAAAUAGUAAGGAUGGUGCAAUAAGCAACAACAAAAACAUUUCAAAACAUACAAAUCCUAAAAUAUUGAAUUGCUCAAAGCUUCUAGAGAAGUGGAAAAAUAUUCUAUGGUGAAAUUUGGGAUUAAUUAAGAGGAUCUUUCAUUUCUGUUCAAUUAAGUGUGUAUUUUUUGGUAGUCCACUCUUUUCUUAUAUGUAUAUAUUUCAUUGCGCAAGUUUGUAUUUGCUUUGCAAAAGUGCAUUUCCAAAAACGUUUAUUUGAAAACCCCAGCGCAUGCGUCGAUUGAAUACUUCCGGGGAAGUAUUUCGAGAAUAUUUGUUUCCCUUUGCGUUAAUAAUGGUGAAUAAGAGUGCAAAAUUUAAGGAAGCACAAUACAUUUCCCCGGGAGUUUUCAUUCAGAAUAUGCCUGUUUACUACUCCUCGAAUAUACUCACAGCGGUCCCUUCAACGACAGUAUUAACUUGGUUAUUGGACAGCCUCUUAGAUUUGGGUGAUUUCCUCUAAUUUCAGAACGAUACUCAUGCAAGUCUGCGAAGGUAUCCUGAACCUUCUUCGCAAUAAAAAAAAAACCUGCAUUUCCAGCUGUGUAUUAUGGUUCCUAAGAGUAUUAUACUGACCUUCAGUGUUCCAGGAUGAUAGUGAUAUCUGAUAUGUAUAUUUAUGUUCACAAACUAAAAUAAAAGGUUUAAUGAGGUUGCUUAACUUAUGUAGACUUUGGUACUCUCACACCAGGCUAGCCGAUUUGUGAUUGGUACAAAAUCUGAAAUUUGAAUUAAACGACGUGUUAUAAGUUCUGAAGAUUCUUUUGACGUCUACGGGUAAGCUUGAUCAUUUUGCUUAUUGCAGAGUUCUUUGGCUGAAAAUUUUCUUUGCAGUAAAGAAAAUUCUUCGCGUAUAGCAUCAAAAGAGCUGUUUUUGAUUUAUAGUACAUAUUUGUGAUUUCGAUUUUUUCGAGUCCUAGAUGUUGUUUGAGAGGGAUAAUUUUUUGCGUAAUAUUUAUUUACUGCUACAGGAUCUUCUGUACCUACUUUGUGUUUGAUUUGAGUCCAAAAGUUUUCUUUGUAUCAGCCAACAAGACUUUUGAUGUCACUUCCCUCCAUUGUGAAUGACUAACUCAAAAUCUUUUUCGCAACAGUCCAGCAUGGAUUUCGGGCUCAACCAACAAGCCUCUCUAGCCUUCUAAGAUGUGGUCAUCCACUUCUCUUCCAUCAUUUCCACCUUCAUUCAGGCAUCCUCAAGUACAAGUUUCUUGACUUGUUGAAUGCUUUCAUCCGUAAAACAAGUAAGCGGAGUUCUGAGCAGUAGUCGACUUCCAUACUCUCUCUGCCUCUUUUAAACUCACUUGACCACUUUUGCACAGUAAAAUGAUAACGAAGGAGAACAAUCUUGGCAAACACCAUCCACCAUCUUUUCAUGAAUUAUUUUUUGACUUUUUCACACCGACUCAGUCGCGUAACAUUCCUUAUGUCUCUGCAUGCGUGCUAAAAUAACUUUGAAUUGAUUUGAAUUCAAAGUUAGAAAUAUCUGCAUGGAUUUAACAAAAUUACGCUGAGAUUUCUCAUUGGAUUUAUAACAGUAAAAUAUUUUUAACGAAUUCUAAUAAAUUAAAAUUCCUAUUGCAAUCGGGCUAAAUUUUCACAUCCAGAUUGUAAGGUGGUGUAAAAAACAUGCCUUUCUUAUUGAGAUUAUAAUCCCAUACAAAGUAAAAAAAACUAUAUUGGUAUAUUUUGCCAACCAAUAUGAAAACAAUACAGAUGUUAUCAUUACCGUUUAAUGGCUGUGUUCCUUUGGGCUCAGCAAAGUACUUUUUAGUACUUCUGAAUCCAUUCAAAGACAUUUUUUCCAUAGAAGAAAUGGAGUUGAAUACAACCAGAAGUACUUAGCAGUAGAUACUUUAGGCCAAAGGAACACAGCUAAUAAUUUGGCAUGCUGGAAAAAGUCCUUAAAAACAUAUUUUUAAACUUUGAAUUACUUUUUUUCCUCCUUUAAAUUAAGCUAAAAUGCAGCUGCUAGGAUUAACAGACGACAUUUAUUUCGAGUUUUCAACAACCCAAUAUUUUUGUAAAUUAUCCCUAUUAAAUUUUUUGAUACAGUUUUCUUGGCUCCUUGCGACGGCGUUUAUUUGUUGUAUUAUAUUUGGUUAAAAUUCCUGAAUAAUUUUUUCAACAAAUACGUCACUCCACAAACAAAAAGUUAAUCAUCUAUGUAACUAUAUCCUGCCUAAACCAUACACCCCCUCUCAUUUCUUUGUCAUUCUGUGUGUAACAAACGUUAAAAAUUUAAUUGUAUUUUUGUUAUUUGCAAUCAUUAUGGUGAGUACAUUUUUAACCAUUUUUACAAUAUAUUAAAAAUAUAUUGUAUAUUA